GCGCUGAAGUAGUGAAGGAAUAAACACAAAUGACUAAAUAAGAAAUAAAACCUCAAUAUACAAAUCAACUGUUCUUACAAUACAAACAGUGUAAACAAAUACAUACUGAAUGUAUGUACGUGGACUUGAGGAGUAUAUACAGUUAAAGAUGUCUCUAUCUACGUAUACUGUAUAUACAGUGUGUAGGAUAUGAACAGUGACAUUAUAUGUUGAUUGAUGAUGAUUGUAAUCAAUUACAGCAGCCGUAAAUAUUCUGUUGUAAGAGUUCAUCAGAGUGACAGCCUCGUAUGUAGGUUGUAUGUUGUUGUAUGUAAACAGAGCCUAUCUAUGUUCUGGAGGCACACUUUGGAAACCGCCGUUCCCUUUUGCCACCGACAGAGGGCGCUCGUUCCCUCCCAAAUUCGCCUGAGGUCUUGGUACAAAAACGGGCGGCCCGACGCAUGUUAAUGACGUCACCACAACGCGCCACAACAAAAACAACAACAUAACUCAGCUGUUCGGCAGCUAACUAGCCGGCCUAUUUACUGAACACUUCUUUUUUCUAGCUUUUUUAACUUCUGGAUUUGUAUAAGUUGCUUUACAGUUCCUCAUACCUUUGGAUACGAAUGCAAACACAACGCUGUGUGUUCAGGUUCAAUGUUAAACUCCUUUGUCUCCUGGCUGCUAACAUUAGCUUCUAGCAGGUUAGCUCUCUAAACUGAGGAGGGAGGGAGCUCGACCAAAAGACUUCCCCAGGCCAGAGGUAUUUAUGGCAAAGCCUGACCUUAAGACCACCCGGUGGAGAUUCUGACCUCCACCAAUCACCACAAAUAUCAUUUCAUCAUCUGCCAUCAUGUCGCCGCGGAAGAAAACCCUGGUCCCCGUGAGGAGCCGUCGGAAAGCAGCGGACGACCACUUCCCUUUCAACUUUCUGCCGGUGGAGUGCCAGCUGCACGUGCUGUUCUUCCUGAACGAGGUGGACAAGUGCAGCAGCGCCCUGGUUUGCUCGAGCUGGAGCCGCCUCAUCCGCUCGUGGAAGCUGUGGCGAGUGGCGGACUACUCCCGCCGCGGCGUCUUCCACCUGGGCCAGGAGGGGCUGCUGGUUUCCAACCGUGAGUUUGAGAGGUGGAAGGCCUGGGUCCACCAUUACACCCACCACCUCAUCUCACGGCGGGCCAGCCUGCUCACACUGAAGGCCAGCUUUGAUCUGGGGGACCGCUACAACAAGUGGUGCGAGCUGCUGAGUCGCCUGCUGGAGAACGUCCACUGCAGAGACCUCAGCCAUCUGGACCUUAACUGGACGUUUACUCUGCUGGAGCCGCUGGACCUCAGGGUCCACUCCAGCUCCAGUUCGCACCAGGACAGCAUUACGAAGAUGGACCAGGUGACCAGUUUCCAGGAGCUGCUGACCCAACUGGCCCACAGCUGCCCGCGCGUCUCCAAGAUGCGGUUGCACUUCGACUGGUCGGACGAGUCCGUGUCGCUGCUCACCCAGUUCCAGCAGCUCCGGGUCCUCGAGCUCAAAUACUUCUGGGUCUUUAAAGGGGUGACCCCCACGACGCUGCAGGCCCUCACCAAAUCCCUGCCCAACCUGAAGUCUCUGACUUUACAAAUCCUGGUGCCGCUCAGGAACCUGGGCAUCUCGUACACCCUGGAGUCCCAGUCCCUGGAGUUCUUGGACGUGUCGCCCAGCCGAGGCCUGGUCUUCUCCUGCCUGAGGCUCCCCGCUUUGCGCGAGCUCCGCGCCAAGAAGAUCGUUCGCGGCAUCACGCUGGACCGGAGGACCAGGCUGAGGAUCCAGAGCCGGUGGCCCUGCCUGUACCGAGUCCUUCGGGAGGGGACGCCCAAGCUGCAGGCCCUCAACAAUGAGCGGCUGCUUCCCACGUGGAGAGAAGCCGGCUCCGGGGAGCUGUCUGCCAUCCUGGAACAGUCCUGCUACUGCGUCCAGCAUCUGGACAGCUGGCUGUGGUAGACGACUGUGGGACUUGAAAUGUCUUGAAUCAUUCCUUCAUGAGCAAUGUACCCGCAAUGUUUUUUCCCCAUUUCAAUAAUCUGAGCGUGUUCUCAGAGGGACACAAAUGAGUCUGCAAGUGAAAUCAAAGGAGAGCAUGUUUUUUUAAUUUUUUUUAUUCUUAAACAGGAAGCUGCUGUCACACUUUCCCAAGAAAACAUUGAUGCUCAGCGUGUCUGCAGCUGUUUUAUUUUGUGUCGAGCCAGCCUGGAGACAUUCCCACCAUUGCGCUGGAAAAAAGACAACAAUAACGACAAACUACUAAGUGCUGUUUGUUUGUUAACUACUAAGUGUGCAUGGUCCAUGUUUUGUGAGUGAGAUGGCCACCUGGAGUUGUGGAGGUUGCCUUUUAAAUAAUGGAAAAGAAACUAUGUAUGCAGAUUAUUUAUUUUCAUUCCUAUUUUACGAGAGUUGUUCCGAUACCAGAACCAAGAAUUCUUCUGAUACAUUCUAAAAUGCUGCUUUGGUUAUUAUGCACGAUCAGAAAUCACGUUAUUCUAUAAUUUAUGUAUUUAAGCAGCACAGGAACGGAAAAAAACACAUGCCACUUGUGUCUGAUCUGAUAUACUGAUCUGUAUAUCCUGCCUGAUCUCACACACACGCAAACUAUGACUACACACCUCGUCAGCAGGAGGAGAGCUAGCCAACGUUAGCUGUUAGCAUCCGGCGGGCAGCACAGUCCUGCUUGGCUAAAUAACGGAGCUAACAGCUAGCGUUAGCGGAGGCUGCAUUCUGAAUCGUUCAAGCUCCACUCAAUAAAAAUGACUAUUAGUCUAAAAAUGUAAUCUUUGGUGAUAAACCUGAUAUAUUACAUUACAUUUAGCUGAAGCUUUUAUCCAAAGUGACUUACAACACAUUCACACACAGUUUGAAC